GACUUUGAUUCCUGGUUUGAUACAAACAACUGUCUAGGAGAUCAAAAGUUGGUGGAGCGUCUCCAUAUGGUGCUGCGGCCCUUCCUGCUGCGCCGCAUCAAGGCUGACGUGGAGAAGAGUUUGCCUCCCAAGAAGGAGGUCAAAAUCUACGUGGGGCUCAGCAAAAUGCAGCGAGAAUGGUACACACGAAUCUUGAUGAAGGACAUAGAUAUCCUGAACUCUGCUGGCAAGCUGGACAAGAUGAGACUGCUGAACAUCCUCAUGCAGCUGAGGAAGUGCUGCAACCACCCCUAUCUGUUUGAUGGAGCAGAGCCCGGGCCUCCUUACACAACAGACAUGCAUCUGGUCACCAACAGUGGCAAAAUGGUUGUGCUGGACAAACUGCUGCCCAAGCUGAAAGAACAAG